CUACGCAGUGCAGCGCGGAUCCCCCGCUGGUCUGUGGAGUAGUGAGGAAGUGAUGGUGACCAUCUGCGUGAAAGAGUGUUAAACACGUCGACAGUCUCCCUCACGGUUUUAUAUUCUGUUGCAGAAGCAGGAAAGUCUCGUGCGUGUUGUCACCUGGCCUGUGCGCAGCAGCAGCAUGUUGGAGUGUGGCAUGCUGGAGCAGGACCGACGGGCUCUGCGGAGACGCUCUGCGGUGCUGUGCAAAGACCUGGUGGUGGACGAGCUGCUCAUUCAGUCCUUACAGGCAGAAAACAUCCUGACGGAGAGCAUGGCAGAGACUAUUAUGGCUGAGCAAACAUCUCAUAAACGAAGCUGGCGCUUACUCCUCCUCCUACCAAAGCGGGGGCCAAGAGCCUUCAGCAGCUUCUGCUCAGCUCUGCAAGAAACUGAUCAGCAGCACCUGCAAGACCUGCUCUUACGAUCGCCAGAAAAAGAUGGCAAAGAGACGGCUGUAGAGAUUAUUCAGCCUGAGGAAGAGCCAGAGGGAAAUGCAGGGCGAGUCCUCAAGUCGACGACAGAAAGGAAGAGAGAGACGUCCUCAGUAGACAGAGAAGAAGAGAAUGAGGUGAGCAGCACCUCGUCAGGCCCAGUCCAAGCCUCAGAUAGCAGCCUGCGCUCAGAGUCACCAUUCAGAGGACUGUCCCCAGUCAGGGAGGAAGACAGGAAGACAGAGAGACAGAUGACGAAGAAGAGAGAUGAGCAGAUGGAUAGGUUUGGGGACUCUUCUCUUCCAUUUCCCACCCAAGAAGAAGUUGCUGCCAAGAGGGCAAGGACACGCGCGGAGACCAUGGAGUUCAGUCUGGACGCAGAUAGUCCCAUCAGCACUCCUGUGCUCCCGUGCACUGCAGACUUCUACCUCUCUCACUGCCAGCAGUCUUACAGAGUUAAUUCAUCCCCUCGUGGUUUUGUUUUGGUGAUCAGUAACGUGACCUUUGAUCCUUGUGCUGCGCCUGACCUUGACCCUAGGAAGGGAGGAGAGGUGGAUGACGAGGUCCUCAGGAAGGUCUUCACAGAGCUGGACUACGUGGUUACAGUCCACAGAGACCUCACUGCUCAGGGCAUGAGGAUGUGCAUUGAGAACUUUUGCCGUCGGCCGGACCACCGGACGAUGGACAGCUGCGUGGUGUGUCUGCUCUCCCACGGAGUGGAAGGAGCGAUAUAUGGUACAGACGGACAGCUCCUGCAGCUGGACUGGGUGUUUGAGUCCUUUGACAAUGCGCACUGUCCGCUGCUACAGAACAAACCCAAGAUGUUUUUCAUCCAGGCCUGCAGAGGAGAGGAGAUGGACUGUGGAGUGGAGCAGAUCGACGGGCCCCCGAGGACCUGCUCCCCGAGCUGUGAACAGCGGGACGCUGGGAGGGAAGGACAGGGGGACGCAAACUCCAGACAGAGAGAGGACAUGGGGAGGCCCCGGAUUAAACUGCCCCAGAGGUCCGACAUGAUCUGUGGCUUUGCAUCUCUCAAAGGUCAGAGGACUUGCACAGCAGCCAUGCGCAACACCAAGAGAGGAUCCUGGUUUAUCCAGGAACUUAACAGAACACUGCGCCUCCACGCCAAAGACACACACCUUGCAGACAUCAUGGUGCAGGUCAACGGGCGCAUCAAGGAGCGCGAGGGUUACGCUCCUGGCACCGCCCACCAUCGCUGCAAAGAGAUGUCAGAGUUCACCAGCUCAUUAUGCAAAGACCUCUACCUUUUCCCCAAGUACCAGCCCCAGUAUUGACAUGCAAAUAUGCACAUACACAGAUUAACACACACACACACACACACACACACACACACACACACACACACACACACACACACACACACACACACACACGUUCCUUGCAUUGAAGCCUCAACAGUUCAUUCCGCUCCAAUUGCUGCCGCACACUCACACAUUCCUCCGUUGCAGCUUCACCUCCAAACAUUCAUUCAUGUGUUCUGUGUAAGACACAAACACACACGUGCAUAAACACACACACAUCUUGGAGAGGAGGAAGGAGCCAGCUUAUGUUAAUCUACAUGUACUCGGAAAUGGACGACGUGUUGCUGCACAACUAACUCCUGUGUCUGUGUGUCUGCGUCUACGCCAGUUAGAGGGUUUAGUUAAUAACCCUUUCUAGUCAAAGACAGAAUCUAUUUAGUUUUCUUACUGCACAGCUACUUUAAGGUUUCACUCUUUUUAAAAUGUAUUUUCUACACAGAUCUAUUUUUGUUGCUUUAUUUUGUAUGAAAAUGUUUUUAUACGGAUUUUUAAGCCCAUUCGCUCCAUCUGUAUAUAAUGUUUGUUCCACAUUGUGACCACUUGUUUUCAGUACAGCGUCAGGCAGGGAGGGGGCAGCACAGCUGAGACGAACGCAUUUCAUCGUCUCUCUUUCCUCAAUGUUUUUCAUAUUAGCAGUUAAAAAUGACAGACAGCUUUUAUUUCAGGUAUAAGAGGCGACCGUGAUGAUUAAACUGUAAACUGCAGCAGAUUUUAAACCUUAAAGUUUUCCUCAUGAAGAGGAAGAAACCUACAGGGCAGCUUCAAAACAAGACGUUAUGUUCCUCAUUUAUUCUUUUUGUUUCUAGAUGUUCAAUCAGGAAAGUUUUUAAUUAUAUAUUCCAUAAAGGGCACCCACUUUCUGCACGACCCAUCAGCUGUGUUACUGCAGAUCAGUCCCCGUCAGGGUGGUGGUGCUACCAGCAGUGUGAACUCUGACCUUUACGCUAACUGACUUGUAAAUAGUGUUGUUCCUUCUGUGGGGGCUGCACAUUGAGUUGUAUUGUACUGUAUGUGAUACAGUAAGGAUGUAUGUCUUCCAUAAACAAUAUGCAGUUUUCUACAGCAGCCUGUGAGGAGGAUUUAUGACCGUGGAGCUUUCAUAGUAUAUUGUACCCCCCCACUCCCCAAAAAACAGAAAUCCAUUCCUGCAGCUCAGUGAGCAUCGAUGUUUCCCAGAAAAGCCCUGAUUAGACGAAGUGUGUUUUUGUUCCAACAGUGUUGUAGUGACGUAAACAGUAUUGAUUGUUAACCAUCUGUAAAGCUGUGUGAGGAGCUUCAGCUCACCCUAAUGUCUCCUGCAGCGCGAGACGUUCUGAAGGCUGAAGGGGCCCGGAGAGGUUGUGUUUCUGUCAACACCAACGACUGCCAAAUGUUCAAUACAAUAAACAGGCCAAUGAUUUUUAAACAAAAACAAA